AUGUGGAUUAUUGACUGUGACAAUGCCGGAAAGACCACGCUACUGCACAUGCUCAAGAACGACAGAGUUGCCGUUCUCCAGCCAACCCUGCACCCAACUUCUGAGGAGCUCUCGAUAGGAAACGUCAAGUUCACAACCUUUGAUCUCGGAGGCCACGCACAAGCCCGCCGACUAUGGCGCGACUACUUCCCCGAAGUUUCCGGCAUCGUCUUCCUCGUUGACGCCAAAGACCACGAGCGUCUCUCCGAAUCCAAAGCCGAACUCGAUGCGCUCCUAGCCAUGGAGGAGCUCAAGAACACUCCCUUCGUCAUUCUUGGUAACAAGAUUGACCACCCAGAUGCCAUCUCCGAGGACCAGCUCCGCUCCGCUCUCGGCCUAUAUCAGACAACUGGCAAGGGCAAGGUGCCGCUUGAGGGAAUUCGACCAGUCGAGGUCUUCAUGUGCAGUGUGGUCAUGAGGCAGGGAUAUGGAGAGGGUAUUAGGUGGUUGAGCCAGUACGUCUAGGCGUCAUACCAUGACAACUACGAUGUUGCAGCGAGGAGGGUGAGCGAGGCGUGGUAUCUUCGACUGGUUAAGCUGGCACGCAAGCAUGAUUGUCACACGUGUCUUCAAUGUACUCACACGGGCGUUGGCGUUAGCACUUGAAAUAAUAUUACCUCACACAUGCCAAUACAUACACAUACUACUGGCACUAGGCUGAAGUGAACCCUGAUAGUAAGCGGAACACAAAUCCUGUCCUCUAAUCAAAGAGCAUGCGCAUUUCAAAUACCAAUGUAGUUCG